AUGCCUCGUCCAGGGAGAAACACGUACAGCGACCAGAAGCCUCCUUACUCCUACAUCUCCCUCACUGCCAUGGCGAUCCAGAGCUGCCCGGAGAAGAUGCUGCCUCUCAGUGAUUACAAGUUCAUCAUGGAUCGAUUCCCUUAUUAUAGAGAAAACACUCAGAGGUGGCAGAACUCCCUGCGACACAACCUGUCCUUCAACGACUGUUUCAUUAAAAUACCCCGACGUCCAGAUCAGCCAGGCAAAGGCAGCUUCUGGGCUCUGCACCCCAGCUGUGGGGACAUGUUUGAGAAUGGAAGUUUCUUGAGGCGACGCAAAAGGUUCAAGCUGUUGACUUCGACUGAUCAUUUGGCCCCAAGCAAGCAGUCGGAUGCUGCACAUUACCUCCAACAACAAGCCAAACUGAGACUGAGUGCACUGGCAGCCACUGGCACGCAUCUUCCCCAAAUGUCAACUUACAACCUGGGAGUGUCCCAGUCCUCAACCUUCAAGCAUCCAUUUGCCAUCGAGAACAUCAUUGCCAGAGAGUACAAGGUCCCUGGGAGCCUGGCCUUCUCCACCAUGCAGUCCAUGUCUGCUGGGUACCCACUCCACAACCAGCUGACUUCAUGGCCCCACAUGUACAGCUCCAGCAUGAUUGACACUGUGGCCCCUAUCUCCAUGGCAGGCAGCGACUACAGUCCUUAUGGGAUGCCUCUCAAGUCCCUGUGCCAUGGGGGACAGUCCUUACCGACCAUGCCUGUUCCAAUCAAGCCAACACCGACUUCCAUGGCUGGUUUCUCUGCAUUACCUCCACACAUUCCCACGUUUCUAUCAAACUCUCCACAGUCUCUGAGCCCGACGUCCCCACAGACAGCGACCAGCCAAAGCAGCCCUUCCACCCCAAGUGAGACUCUGACCAGCCCGUCCACACUGCAGUCUGUGGCCGUGCACUGA